AUGUCGCCCAAAAGCCAGUCUCGAUCUCCGGCACCACACACUCGCCAGACACGGUCAAAUUUUGACCUCGAAUUAAAUCCAUUUGAACAAUCUUUUUCAGCUACACCGACUUCUUCAAAUGUACGCAACUCUUCACCAACUCCUUCUGAUAAUGAAGAGCCAAGACAAGAUGAUAAAUCUCGGCAACGGAGUUCUUCUCCAUCCUCUCGUCCUGUACUUCCUCCAUUAGCUUCUCUAGCUUCACCUGCAGACACAACUUAUCCAUCAUGGGCUUAUCCUUCCAACCCUGUCAAUUCUCUCAGAUCAGGUCCUCUAUCUCCUGCCAUGCUUCCUGGUCCUCAGCCAGGAAGUGAUCAAUCGCACAUGGCCUUUGAUCCCAAUGCAUUUCGUACAGGUUUGACUCCGAGAACAGGACUCACUCCUCGUACUGGUCUUACCCCUAGUCUCACCCCUCUCGUGGGCGGUCCUUUCCCCUCCUCUCCAGGCACAGCCGCUUUUCUUGCUAUAAUGAACAACGGUUCAACCGCAAACCCACAAUCAACCAUCACUCCAAAUACACUCAACGCCAUCGUCCUCAACUCCUCCGCAUCUACUUCUUACACCUCUUCCGCUCUUCAUCACCAUCAGUCAUCCUCUCAGGAGAACGCCAAUCCCGCUUAUCUUGCAUCUGCUUCCAACGCAGCUAAUACCGCUGCAAAUGGUCUUUUCCUUCUUUCUCAGGCUCACCAAGAGCUCACAAAACGAGAAGAAGCCCAGGCUCGCGCAGGCAACACUGCUUCCACCAAUGGUGUCAAUGGCUCUGCCAAUCAUUCAAAUGGCAAGAGGGGAACGAAACGCAAAUCAUACGACCCUAUUUCACCCCCACCCAGCUCAGCCGCUAGAGGGGGUAAACGCACGCGUCCUACCGGACGGGGGAGAAAGGCUAGCCCAAUGUCGCCAGAUAUGGAUAACGACGACGAUGACGAUCCUGAAGACGAUGAUGGUGGGGAUCCUGAUGAUCUUGACGGUGGUAAUAUUGCUGGUGGAAGGCGAUCAAAUAAAAAACCGGAAACAGAGGAAGAAAAGCGGAGAAACUUUUUGGAACGAAACCGACAAGCUGCCUUGAAAUGUCGACAGCGCAAGAAAGCAUGGCUUCAGCAAUUACAAGCAAAAGUUGAAUUCUUGUCAAACGAAAACGAGCAGCUCAAGAAUGCACUCGUCUCGUCGAGGGACGAAAUCUCCCGCCUCUCUGCCUUGGUGGGUGGCGCUGGUGUGGUGGGAUCGGUUCCUUUACCCAGCGCUGUUGGUCCAGGCAUACAGCCUGUCAGCAUGAAUGUAAGCAUUGGCAAGACGGCCAGUUCAGCUGCCGCUGCGUCUGGUGGGAGUGGGCGGGCUGGAUACGGAUAUUAA